AUGGCCAGCGAAUACAUCGACCUCGUCGACGAGCAGCUACGGAACAGCAAGACCAUCGCGGUCGUCGGUCUUUCCAACAACCCCGACAGGGACAGCCACAGAGUCGCCAGCUACCUGCAGAGCCAGGGUUACCGCAUUAUCCCGGUCAAUCCGGUGAUCGAAGAGGCCCUUGGGGAGAAAAGCUACCCCGACCUCAAAUCCGUCCCCGAAUCCAUCGACAUGGUAGACGUCUUCCGCCGCUCCGACCAAGUAAUGCCCGUGGUCGAAGAGGCCAUCGAGGUGGGCGCGAAAUAUAUCUGGAUGCAGGACGGCGUAAUCAACGAUGAUGCCAAGGCCAAGGCCGAGGCGGCAGGCAUCCCGGUAAUAAUGGACGACUGCGCCCUCCGCCAGCACCGCCGCCGCUUCAGCCGCGGCUAG